GAUGCCUCCACACAGUGACUUCGUGCACACACACACACACACACACACACACACACACACACACACACACGCACGUUUUUGCUCUUUCUUCUUUCCCAGAGUGUGGUUUCCUCUUAAAGAAUGCUGUCUUCUACAGAUAUGGUUUGAAGUUUGUGUUGGACUGAGGGCACAGGUGGGAAAUGCUACUUAGUGACCUACAAGUUCCUAUAGUGGGCGGCAAUCUGGUCUUAGUGUUUGUCUUCCUCUAUCCGAGUUGCCUUCCUGUCCUCCCAGCAGACUUGGUUCACGGCCAAGGGUAUCAGAACUGAUUCUUGUGUCUUUGAGGAACAUCCUGUUGCAAGGACGUCUGGGUGUCCCACUGGGAUCUCUAGUGGACAACCAGCCUUUCCCUGGAUAACAGAUGCUCCAGAGGGCGGUGCAAAUCUGUGCAUGUCUCCUUGAGCCUCUCUCUUCAUCUCCGCAGGAUGAAGCUUCUCACCAGCCUCCUUUUGUGCUCCCUGACCCUGGGAGUCAGCAGCAGUUGGCUUUCAUUCGUCAAGGAGGCUUACCAAGGGGCAGGGGACAUGUGGCGAGCCUACUCCGACAUGAAGGAGGCCAAGUGGAAAAACUCAGACAAAUACUUCCGUGCUCGGGGGGACUACGAGGCUGCCCAAAGGGGCCCUGGGGGAGCCUGGGCGGCUGAAGUCAUUAGCGAUGCAAGAGAGGGCUUACAGAGUUUCUUCGGCAGUGGACAUGAGGACACCAUGGCUGACCAGGAAGCCAACAGACAUGGCCGCAGCAGCAAGGAUCCUAAUCACUACAGACCUGCUGGCCUGCCUGACAAAUACUGA